GGAUGAAGAAGAAAAAGAAUUAUUAAAUUCAUUAAAUUGUUUAUAGUAAAUUAAAAAAGGAAAUUCAGCGAAUGAAGAGGAAAAUUGAUCUGAUAUUUAAAGAAUUAUUCAAGGUUUCUUGAAUCUAUAUAAUUUUUGUAGGAGUAAAAAAUUAUUAUGCGCAAUAAGGGCAAGUGUUUGGAUGUAAUCAAAAUCUCAACACUCCGGACUUUUAAUCUACAGUUUAUUCACAUUCCUGCCAAUUUAACAAACAAUAAUGACGACAAAAGAAAAUGUGACGAUAAAUAUUUGGAAAUUUGACAAUUAUUAUUAUUUUAUUAAUUAUUAUUAUUAAUUCUCAAGAAUUCUCAAGAAAAAAUGGCUAGUGAACUAUGAAGGAAAAGAAAUAUUAAAAAAAAAAGUGUCUUUAAUAGUGGCAAGUUGAUUUAUUUUUCGAUAUCUUCACAAUGUUAAUGAGUGCAAGUUAAACUCUGCGAUCAAACUAACUAAUUUUGAUUCAUUACUGGCAUGACCCGAGUGACCCUUGUCAUUUCUGGUUUAAGUGAAUUAAUUUAUUCCACCACAUCAGCAAUAGAAAAAAAGAGCUUCUAGAAAUUUUCAAAGUUUUCAUUAUAAUAUAUGCAAAUAAUUAUCUACUGUCAUAUAAUAUACAACACGAGGAUGCUCAAGACAAUAAUUAACAAUUCAUUAUCUCGCUUUUGCAAUAAACUAUUAAUUCCGUUUGAAUAAUGAUCGAUUUUUCAUCGCUAGACAUUUGGACACGAAAAUAAAUAUAUCUGACUUGAUUAUUCUUUUCAUCUACAUCAUGAAGAUGCAGUGGCUGACGAUAAUGAUAUGCUUUUACGCCGGAGUGGCAAGAGCACGAACAGAAGAGGAUCAGGCAUCGUCUACAAAUCAGGCCUCAACACCACCGCCGAGUCCAAUUCCUGAGGAGGUUCUUCACGAGCAUUGUUUCUAUCAACAACCAACUGAAUGCCCAUCAGUAAAUUCCGGAGAAUGUUCCUGCAAAAGAAUUACACUCUCACACGCGAAUCUCGAGGAAAAUGCUGUCCUAUGCUGCAAUCUCAAUAAUUAUAAAGCAUUCGAAGAUGGACUGGCGUGUUCAAAUUUUCCAAUGAAUGUCUCUUAUAUUCACAUAAGAAACUCCACUUUAGAUGUGUUCAACGCAAGCGAAGUGCGAUGGAGAAGAUUAAAGUCUUUAGCUGUCACUGAUGGUAAAAUAAAUCGUGUGAAGGGUCAAUUUUUAAUGAUGACACCAAUUUUGUGCCUUAAUCUUUCUAAUAAUGGCCUCAUUGAAAUGGAGAAUAAUUCUUUAACACGAUUGGCUCAACUGACGACACUCGAUUUAUCCUACAAUAAUUUAACACAUCUUCCCGCUCUCAACACCAUGAAUGGUCGUGAAUUUUGGCUCGACAUUUCAGGAACAAAUACUCUUUGGUGUCACGAUAUCUAUCAGUAUAUCAAUAAAACUGGAGAGAAACAAAUUAAUUUUAACAGAGAAAAUGAUACUGUUUGCUCGGCAAGUAAAACUUGGCAUUGGUUCAAUACAACCGAACAGGUUCCAUUAAAACAAGUGCGAUAUUUGAGUUUGCUGCAAACUGAAUGUCCGAAAGGAGAAAAUUGGCAAUGUCAGUGUAAUUUUCGAAGGAUGGAUAUUGUCGAAGGCAAACCUCCGACCUUAGCCGUAAAUGUUGAUUGCGGUGGUAUUCAGUUAACAGAAUUGCCGGAAAAAUUACCACGUAAUACAAUAGCCUUGAAUGUUUCCUACAACAACAUCACCGUUUUAGAUGACUUGAGUACAAAUCCAUGUUACGAAGACAUUCGUGAAUUUUACGCUGAUCACAAUAAUAUCUCGUCGAUUAAUAAAUUGGAGGGUUCUAAAUUUCUAGAUAAUUUCGCUCUUUUAAGUUUGCGAUACAAUAAAAUUAAAUCGCUUCCAACGUACAUUUUAGCGCCAAACGCACACGACAAGAGUUUCGUUAGCAAUAGACUUGUGAAAUUUGGAGGAAAUGAAUUACUCUGUGAUUGCAAUACCGCCAAAUAUUUGAAGGUGUGGCUACAAAGUCGAAUUUUGGACUACGAUGAAGUUCUCUGCGAGAAUGUAAAGGAGAAAGUGGUCGACCUGGAACCAGCGAAAAUGUGCGUUUAUCCAGGCGAUUGGACUGAUUAUAUUUAUUAUAUUAUCGCAACAGAAGUGAUAAUGUUAAUUGUUCUUGUGACCAAAGUUUCCUACGAUUAUUGGGUUUUUAAAACAGCUGGUUAUCUUCCCUGGCCCGCCAGUAAAAUGCCAAAAUUGCCCUGCGACUGGUUAUGCGAAACAUAAUUAAUCUAUUACUAAUUUUUAACAAUUUUAUAUUUUAUAAUUCAAAAAAAGACUUAUUUUCAUUUAAAUGUACAUACAUUUUUAUAAAUACUACAAUUUGUUUUUAA